GUCUGAAGUCAGCCUGCUGCUGAAGUGAAACACUUAGUUGGAGCUUGUUUGCUGGGUCUCUACCUGAGUGAGUCGAGCAGACCUUCGCUGCAGAGUCUUUCCAUCACAUUAAGUGUCUGCAGCUGGCUGUACUCCACCCCACUCGUGUCCUAGUCCCUUGUGUUGUGGUUCCUCAAUGCCUAAUGACAAGAUGAGGCUGAUCUAUUACUGCAGUGCUUUGCUGCUGAUGCUCAUUAUUCCCAGAAGUUGCCAAGGUGGCAACAUCCUUGUGUUUCCCACUGAAGGCAGCCACUGGGUGAACAUGGAAGUUUUGAUCAAAGCCUUACACUCAAGAGGACACAACAUCACGAUUGUGCGCUCCAGUAAAAGCUGGUAUAUCAAAGAAAACUCCUUGUACUACCACACAUUAACAGUUAAAGUGGACAAAAGCUUGGGCCAAGAGUUCAUCUCAAAAAUCGUAAUUGAUGUGAUCAAUUUUGAAAGGGGAGCCAUGCCCUUGUUGCAGUUUCUGUACAUGAAUUUUGGAAUGUUAAGCAUUUUUUAUGAAGCUCACUCGCUCAUAGCUGGAUAUGUGUCAGCAAUUUUAGAUGACCAAGCAUUGAUCAGAAGCAUGAAUGACACCAAGUUUGACAUAUUAAUCACUGAUCCCUGCUGGGGAGGUGGAACCAUUUUAGCCAAACAUUUGGAUCUUCCUUUGGUUUAUAAUGUCCGCUGGUUAAUUGGUGCAGAUGCUCAUUUUGAUAUUGCUCCUUCCCCUGUCUCAUAUAUUACUAUAACGGGGUCUGGCAACACAGAUAAGAUGACCUUCUUGCAGAGAGUUAAAAACAUGAUUCUGUAUAUAAUUACCCAAGCACAAAAUACCUUCGUGAUCAAGCUAGCAUACCAAAAGUUAUGUGACAAAUAUCUUGGGCCGGGUAUUGACUUUUACCAGUUAAUGCAGGCUGCAGAUCUGUGGCUGAUGAGAGUCGACUUUGUCUUCGAGUUCCCUCGUCCCACGAUGCCUAAUGUGGUUUAUAUGGGAGGGUUCCACUGCAAACCCCCCAAACCUCUUCCAGCACACCUGGAGGAGUUUGUCCAGAGUUCAGGAGAUCAUGGGGUCAUCCUCAUGUCUCUGGGGACAUUUGUGGAUGAACUUCCUGAAGAUCUAGCAAAUGCGAUUGCUGGAACUUUUGCAAAAUUACCUCAGAAAGUCAUCUGGAGAUACAAAGGCACCAGACCAGCAGCUCUGGGCAACAACACUUUACUCGUUGACUGGAUGCCACAGAAUGACCUUUUAGGACAUUCUAGAAUCAAACUAUUUGUGGCUCAUGGAGGAACAAAUGGAGUUCAGGAAGCCCUUUAUCACGGCGUUCCAGUUGUUGGACUGCCUUUGUUUUUCGACCAGUAUGACAAUUUGCUGCGUCUGAAAGCAAGAGGAGGGGCUAAAAUUUUAACUGUUGUCACAGUCGAUAAAGAUGACAACUUUCUAAAGGCCAUACAGGAAGUACUUCAUGAGCCAUCCUACAGGAUGAACAUGAAGAGACUUUCCAGGCUGCACAGAGACCAGCCAAUGAAGCCACUGGACAGCGCCCUCUUCUGGAUAGAGUUUGUCAUGAGACACAGAGGUGCAAAUCACCUGAGAACAGAAUCAUACAAACUGCCCUGGUAUUCCUACCACGCUGUAGACGUCUUUGUGUUCCUUACUGGAGCUGUGCUGCUCAUGAUUUUUACCAUUGUCAUUUUCAUAAGGUGUUUAUGCAACACAGUGUGUAAAAGAAAAAUCAAGAGAGAAUAGUUUUUCAAAGCCUUGCAAUUUUUAUCCUUAAUAUGCAGAAGUAGAUUUUUGUUGUAAGUCAAGUAAGUCAGUGCAUUUUAUUCAUUAAGAGUUUUACUGUUGUGUUAUUUCAAAUUGCUGCAUUUCUAAGUUGUCUCUUAUAU